AUGAAAGGUUUUAAGUCAUUAAAAUUUGCCACAGUUGUGGUGGUGAUGGUGAUUUCAUUGGCAGCACCCUCACAGGCAUUUUUCGAUAUUUUCGGAUCAUCUAAGGAAAGUGAUUACAACAAAGGUUAUGGCACCAGCUCAACAGGCUACACCUAUAAUCGUCCGGUAUGGACUGGUAACACUAACAACAACAAUGGUUGGGGUCAGCAAACAUAUGGCUCGGGUUCCAACGGUUGGAGCCAACAAUCCUAUAAUUCCGGAUACAAUGCUGGCAACUCUCAAGUGGUGAAAAUAAUCAAGGUGGUUGAACAACCCUCGACUACCUCAAACAGCUAUCAAACAAGAUAUUCAAGUAAUUCAGCUGCAUCGUCCUCCGCCUCCGCUGGAGUUGCAACAUCAUCGUCAUCAUCAUAUGGUUGGACACCAAUCAGUGCACCUGCCCCAGUACCCGCUCCAGUUCCUGUUGCCGCCCCCGCACCAGUACCAGCUGCUAAGCAAAUUUUUGUAACCGUAGCUCGAUCACAACCCCAGCAACAACAAACAAUUCAACAGGAACAACGUUACUUUGGAAAUACUCAGCAAUAUCAAACACCUGUGGCCUAUCCCGCAAAGCCCACACAAAUCCAACCCAUACAAGUUACAAUUCAGAAACCUGUAUCAGUACCAAAAACAAUUGUCCAACAGCCCAUACCAUACCCCGUUCAAACUGCAGUUGUACAAAAACCAAUCUCGUAUCCAGUACAAACUCAGAUUGUUCAACAACCUCCCCAACAAAAUCCCGAUAAUGUCCAAACACCACCCCCAACACGUUCAUACACGUACACACCAACACAACAAGUUCAAGCACAACCCAUCCAAGUGACCAUACAAAAAUCCAAUUCCUAUCAUGCACAGGAAGCUCCAGUUCAAACACCACCACCGCAGCAACAACAACAAAUCCAACCUCUACCUUACACAUGGCAAAGCCGUACCGUUCAAACAUCGGUACAACAACCUCAAGUACAACCUAUUCAAGUUACCGUACAAAAACAAAGCGAAUCCGUAUAUCAACCUCAAAUCUCUACAAACUGGCAAUCUACAGUUCAAUCUCCUCCUGUACAACAGCAACCUCAAGUUCAACCCAUUCAUGUGACUGUGGAAAAACAAACCGAAACCGAAUAUCAUCCUCAGUUCCACGCCGACUGUGAUGAUUCAGAUCACUCCUCUGAACAACAUCUAACACAACCUAUUCAUGUGACUGUAGAAAAACAAGCGGAAACUGAAUAUCAACCUCAAGUUUCAACAGCCUGGCAAUCUACUGUUCAAACCCCUGUACAACAACAACAGGUCCAAGUUCAACCUAUCCACGUGACCAUUGAGAAACAAACUGAAACUGAAUAUCAACCACAAGUCUCAACAGUCUGGCAACAACAAUCUUCGGUUCAAGCCUCAGUACAACAACCUCAAGUUCAAACGCCAGCAGUCACUCCCGUCGAACAAACUGUUAAAACUGUUCAAUUGGUUGUAGAACAUGCUUCCAGUGAUGUCCACGCCCCUGCCUUAACCUAUGGACCCCCACCGGUUGACUCAAAUACCGCAGUUUGGAAUAAUGAAUCCUGGAAUGAUAACAGCCAUUAUGCCGACUCCCAAAUAUCUGAUUGUUAA